AUGGAACAAACAACCUCACCGUUCAAGAACGCAAAGUUUAUUUGGGGCUCUGGCGCAGGGAAAGGAACAAUAUGCACCAGACUCGCGACAGAAUUUAACGUAGCCCAUCUCUCUAUCGGAGAUCUUCUCCGCGACCAAAAGGCCAACCCUGCACGGUGGUCAUUGAUCCAGAGCAUGGUGGAGGGUGGCACAUGUGUACCCAUUGAGAUCAUCAUGGAUAUCAUGAUCCCCGAAAUCAACCGGCAGAUACACAACGGGCGAACUGUAUUCAUCAUUGACAAUUUUCCGCGGAACAACGAGCAAGUAGCCGCGUUUGAGGAGCAGAUUGGUGAUCCUCAUGCAGCGUUCUACUUUCGAUGCCCAGAUGAGACGAUGCUACGGCGGGUUCUCAAUCGACAGAAAACAUCUGGGAGAGUUGAUGAUAACGAGGUCACGUUUCGGAAGAGAUUACAGACUUUCUAUGAGGAGACGAUGCCGAUCAUCAAUGAACUCAGAUAUAAAGGGAGGAUAAUAGAGAUUGAUUCCGACGCGGACUUAGAGGGAUGUUAUGACUCGGUCAAGAACCAAUUCAGGCAGGUUAUAGCUCGCUAA